CGUGGAAACUGUCAGGGAGGGUGAUAAACACAGGGUAAAAUUCUUAAAGAUUGUAACCCAGAAAAUCCUGAAAGACAUAUAGUGAUGACCUCACUAUCCAUGAGACUGCUUAGAAAGCCUCGCCUGUCUCGCCACCAGCAGGCAUACACACAUAUGACAAGAUUCUGAGUUAAUAUCCUCCCUCUUUUCAUAAAAAUCCCCUCAGGUCCACUCUGAGGUGAAGCAGACUGCUACAGAACCUGGGGAUUCCCCAAGCUCUUUUAGGUCCCUUAGAACAAGGGCUUCAACUGGCAACAGAAGUGUCACCAGAGGAGAUUUUUCUGAUUGGCCAGAACCUGCUGUUUGGUUUGAACAUUUCCUCUUCAGCUUUAUUCUCACCAUUGUUCAACAACUCAAAAACAGCAACUGCUGAGACCACCUUGAGAAGAUGAUGGUCCUAUACAGAGCUCUGAUUCUGGGGGCCCUCACUCUCACCACCAUGAUGAGGCCCUGCGGAGGUGAAGACAUUGUGGCUGAUCACGUGGGCAUCUAUGGUGCAGAUGUCUACCAGUCUUAUGGUCCCUCUGGCCAGUACACCCACGAAUUUGAUGAAGAUGAGUUGUUCCACGUGGACCUGGAGAAGAAAGAGACUGUCUGGCGGCUGCCGGAGUUUAGCAAAUUUGCAAGUUUUGACCCACAGCGUGCACUGAUAAACAUAGCUAUGUCAAAAUACAACUUAGACAUCAUGAUUAAAUAUUCCAACUUUACUGCUGCUACCAGUGAGGUUCCCCAGGUAACUGUGUUCCCCAAGUCUCCAGUGACGCUGGCUCAGCCCAACAUCCUCAUCUGUUUUGUGGACAACAUCUUCCCUCCUGAGAUCAACAUCUCAUGGUUGGUCAAUGGGCACUCAGUCACAGAGGGUGUGUCUGAAACCAGCUUCCUUCCUAAAAGUGAUCACAGUUUCUCCAAGAUGAGUUACCUCACCUUCAUCCCUUCUGAUGAUGACAUUUUUGACUGCAAGGUGGAGCACUGGGGCCUGGAGGAGCCACUCCUGAAACACUGGGAACCUGAGAUUCCAACCCCUCUUUUGGAGCUGACAGAGACUGUGGUCUGUGCCCUUGGGUUGGUCAUGGGCCUCGUGGGCAUUGUGGUGGGAACCAUCCUCAUCAUCCAAGGUCUGCGCUCAGGUGGGGCCUCCAGACACAAAAGGCCCUGUGAGUCACACCUAGAAGGUGCACCGCCCAUCUACAAGAGAGAAGAAUGAGCAUGCUAGAUGACCAAGUACUAUUUUCUGGCCUAGUUCAUCAUAUUUAUUUUCUCCUCCAACACUCCUCUCACCUCUUCUCUGGGGCUUAAGAUGCUAUCUCUUGAUAGUCCACAUACCCCUCAGAAUUCUCCCUGACUGCCUGGGUUUUAUUUUUUCUAUUCUCAAUUGUUAUCUACUAUGGGAUCCCUGGGAUAUUCAACCCAGUACCUAAUCCUAAGAGAUCCAGCUCCAGUACCUCCACGGAAGCAAUACAUCCCUCUUUAUGAAGUGUUAACUUGAAUAUUUUACCAUUCAUCUCAGGACUGACUAACAUCAUGACCUCUUAUGCUUCAGUAUCAUUUAAUCUUGUUUUCUAAAUCAUAUUUUAUACCCAGAAGCACAGAAACAACCAAAUGGUACCUGAUAUUUAAUAUGUAGCUGAGGGUUAUAUUUCAAUCAUUCUUGGGUUCACACUGUUGGCCACUAUACACACUCACCUAAUUCAGACAUCAAUGAAGAUAAUAUAUACAUUUUCCCAUCAUGUGGAAUUACUAUAGCAGAAAAAUUAAAAAAAAUGAAAUAAAUAUUUUCUCAUUUUAUUAUAGGUUUUAAAAGUUAUGACAGAGAAAUGUUAGAUGAGAAUUUUGAAUCUCAAAAGUACUAAAGUCUAAAUUUCUUCCAGACUUUAUAUUUGUUAAGAACAAAUGAUGAUAAUAGAAGCUUCCCUCUCCUCACACUUAAGAUAAAAAAUUUUUUUUUAAGAUUUUUAUUCAUUUAUUUAUACAAGCACUGGGUACAGUCAGAAGCAUGGGAGGGUGAGAGAAUUCACCAGAGCCAGAGCGGGGAACAGAACAGGCAGACCAACAAAAUGCACUGCUGAGGAGAGCAGCGGGCGGCAGGAGAGGUCUGCGCACCAUGUGGGACCCUCCCCAUUGGCGGCAGAUCGAACCGGCACUGCAGAGGCGGGGGCAGCAGAGGCUGUGGGCAGCUUCACAACCCAGCGCUCAACCGCUGCGCCACCGGGGAGGCCUUUAAGAUAAAAAUUUUAAACAAGAAAAGAAAUAGAGUCACUUGGAGAACUUCAGAAGGAGACAAAUACAUAGAUAUCUAUAAAGGAGCAAACACUUAGUUCUCACACACAGCUAGUAAUAGUGGGAAAAGGAAUAGAGUAGAAAGCACAGAUAUAUGUAAGGUCCCUAAAACAUAAAUAUACUUUGCUUGACCUUCAAGGUGAACUCCUCCUAGGUUAACUACUCAGACUUUUCCUGUGCCACCAUGGCAUGUCAGAGACAGUACAGUGAAUAUGGCUGCAGGGUAUCCCUAGGCAGAAAAGACUAAAUCAAGAUCCCCAUGUCCCCAUGCAUCCCUGCUUGGCAUGGGGAACAGCAGAACAUCCCAGUAUUUCUGCCUCUCACUUCUUGCUAAGGAUGCUUGACCCUAUUAGAGAGACUCUCAGGAGGAACAACCAGUUAAAAUAGCUCAAUGAUGACUAUGAAUGCUGCAUCCUCCUAUAAAUUCACUGCCUCCUAGUAGAAACCACUGCAGAGGAAAUGCAUCAACAGCUGGGAUUCACUGAUUUUCCUAAAACCUCAAUCUUGAGAGUAUAUGUGACUUGACAUGGAGUUAUCUUGACCUUUGAAACACUGAGUCAUAUUUUUCUCACUCAUAAUGUGAAAGUAAUGAUAUAUUCAUUGCAGAGCAAAUUUCCUUGCAGAAUUUGAAUAAUCUCAUUAUGUAGGCAGUGACUUAAACAAUAUAAAAAUAUAGAAGA